AUGUUUUACACGCAGCCAGAUCGGAUGUUCACAGAGAAUGCAGAUGGCCGUGAAGGCACUCGCGUUCCACUGCAUAAUACCGACAACCCUAGCGAGCGCUCACAGAAUCUCGAGGAAGCUAAUUCUUCAGAUUCCGACGUCAAUAAUGAUGGGACGUGGGGAGAGCGUGUUGUUGGUGGGCCGGUCAAUUUCCGAAACGCUAUGCUAGAUUAUGAAGAUAUGAGAAGAGAAUUGACCAGCUUAUCCAAAAGUCGCACUGGAAAGAGUGGAAAGAGCGGGAAGAGUGGCAAAAGCGAUCGGAAACGGUCAUUUGGCUUGAACAGGGGCUUUACGAACCGAUCCCAUCAGACAAAUGCCCAAACUGAACCAGAGCGGGAUGUCGAAGAUGAAGUUCGAGAAAGUGAGGGAGAUGACGACGAAGAAGAUGAUUUCGAGUUGCGGGAUUUCCUCAAGGACGGGCAUUUUGAGAAGCGACAAGAGGGCAGGUCUGCGAAGAAAGUUGGGGUACUCUACAAGAAUCUUACCGUUCAAGGAGUUGGUGCAACUUCAACAUUCGUCAAGACACUACCCAGUGCUAUCAUCGGUACUUUUGGCCCCGACUUGUACAAGCUCCUUUCCCGGUUUCUUCCUUUUCUACCUGGAGCUUCAGGUGAAAAGAGAAACUUAAUCCAUGAUUUUACAGGUGUUGUUCGUGACGGAGAGAUGCUACUAGUUCUUGGAAGACCAGGAAGUGGAUGCAGUACCUUCUUGAAAGCUGUUGCUAACAAGAGGGGAGCAUUCGCUGGUGUUGAUGGUGAAGUUUCUUAUGGCGGUAUCCCUGCAGAUGAACAGAGAAAAAGUUACAGGGGAGAGGUCAAUUAUAACGAGGAAGAUGACCAACAUUUUCCUACUCUCACUGUGGAACAGACUAUCGACUUUUCUCUGUUGAACAAGACAACGAAAUAUGAGAAAGGUGGUAUCCCAAUCAUUAUUGGAGCUUUGCUGAAGAUGUUCGGGAUAUCUCACACGCGCUACACUCUAGUUGGAGAUGCUUUCGUUCGAGGAAUAUCGGGAGGUGAGCGUAAACGUGUGUCGAUUGCUGAAACACUUGCCACGAAGUCCACAGUUGUAGCAUGGGACAACUCGACUCGUGGGCUCGACGCGUCCACGGCUCUUGACUAUGCAAACUCACUCAGAGUUAUGACCGAUGUUAGCAACAGGACCACCCUUGUCACACUCUACCAAGCUGGGGAGGGUAUAUAUAAGGUCAUGGACAAGGUAUUGGUCAUAGAUGAGGGCCGAAUGAUGUACUCAGGCCCAGCAGGGGAAGCUAAGAACUAUUUCCAUGAUCUUGGUUACCAUUGCCCCGAAAGACAAACAACUGCCGAUUUCUUGACGGCCUGCACAGACCCUACCGAACGACGAUUCCGUGACGACUUCGAGGGGCCUAUUCCAAAGGGACCUAUUGAGCUGGAGCAGGCUUUCCGUGAAAGUGAUGCUUACAAACGCCUUCUCCAGGAUGUCGAGUCCUAUGAGAAGAUGUUGAAGGAAACAGAUCAUGCAGAUGCCCGCGAAUUUAAGCAGUCCGUAAAGGAAAGCAAGUCGAAGACGGUGUCAAACCGAUCCAGCUAUACUGUCUCCUUUUUCCGCCAAGUUCUGGCUUGCACGAAGCGUGAAUUCUGGCUAACAUGGGGAGACAAAACCACUCUCUACACAAAGUUCUUCAUCAUCAUCUCUAACGGUCUAAUCGUUGGCUCCCUAUUCUAUGGUCAAACCACGGAUACUAAUGGCUCGUUUACGCGAGGUGGAACUCUUUUCUUCUCGAUUCUCUUCCUCGGCUGGCUCCAAUUGUCCGAAUUGAUGAAAGCUGUCUCUGGACGGACGAUCAUCUCAAGGCACAAUGACUAUGCUUUCUAUCGACCAUCCGCUGUUGUCAUCGCGAGAGUUCUUCAGGACUUCCCCUUAAUUUUGGCUCAGGUCAUUCCAUUCGCCCUCAUUAUGUAUUUCAUAACGGGGCUCGAUGUUGAUGCCAGCAAAUUUUUUAUUUAUUUUCUAUUUAUUUACACAACAACAAUUUGUAUUACUGCAUUAUACCGCAUGUUUGCAGCACUAUCUCCAGUCAUCGAUGAUGCCGUUCGUUUUUCUGGAAUUGGGCUGAACCUUAUGAUCGUCUACACUGGAUAUGUAAUUGCAAAGCCUCAAUUACUAAGCGAUUAUAUCUGGUUCGGUUGGAUUUAUUAUAUCAAUCCUCUUUCUUAUAGUUUCGAAGCUGUCUUGUCAAAUGAGUUUUACAACAAGGUCCUGGCUUGUGCGCCCUCUCAGACCGUACCGCGCGGUCCUGGGUUCGACAACCCGGCCUAUCAGGGCUGUGCAUUUACCGGUGCUCAGGUUGGAUCUCUGAAUAUCCCUGGUUCGACGUAUUUGAAUACUGGCUUUGAAUAUUCUCGAGGCCAUCUCUGGAGAAACUUUGGUGUUGUCAUUGCCUUUGCAGUUCUCUAUAUCCUGGUCACCGCAAUUGCCACCGAACUCUUCGAUUUCACGUCUGGAGGCGGCGGUGCUCUUGAAUAUAAGAAAUCGAAAGCCGCCAAGCAAAAGGUCAAAGCUGUAUCAGCUCCUACUGAUAUCGAAAAGGGGCCUCGAGAACUUUCUAGUAGAUCAUCUUCGAACCAGACCUUGGAUGGGACUACCGAAGACGAAGCCUUGCAUGAGAUUUCAGGGUCUGAUAGUGUGUUUACAUGGCAGAAUGUUGGGUACACUGUUCCUUAUAUGGGCGGCGAACGAAAAUUGUUAAACAAGGUCAAUGGUUAUGCUAAGCCAGGUGUCAUGGUCGCACUCGUGGGUGCAUCUGGAGCUGGAAAAACAACCCUCCUCAACACGCUCUCCCAGCGACAGAAGACAGGCGUUGUUUCUGGCGACAUGCUUGUAGACGGUCGUCCGCUUGGCACCGAAUUUCAAAGAGGCACUGGUUUCUGCGAGCAGAUGGAUCUUCAUGAUGGCACAGCGACAAUUCGAGAGGCCCUCGAAUUUUCUGCGAUUCUCCGACAAGAUCGUAGUGUUUCGAGGGCGGACAAGAUUGCCUACGUCGAUAAGAUCAUUGACCUCCUGGAGCUUGGCGAUAUUCAAGAUGCCCUAGUAAGAUGUCUAGGAGUCGAGCAAAGAAAAAGGGUUACUAUUGGCGUUGAGCUUGCAGCAAAGCCUAAUCUGUUACUCUUUCUGGACGAACCUACAUCUGGACUUGAUUCACAAAGUGCUUAUUCGAUCAUUUACUUCUUGAAGAAACUGGCACAGGCUGGUCAGGCGGUUGUUUGUACAAUCCAUCAGCCAUCGUCAGUUUUGAUCCAACAAUUUGACAUGAUACUUGCUUUGAACCCUGGUGGCAAUACUUUCUACUUCGGUCCUGUUGGAGAAAACGGAUCAUCUGUCAUCAAAUACUUUGCCGAACGUGGGGUCCAGUGUCCACCCAACAAGAAUGUCGCAGAAUUCAUUCUCGAAACAGCAGCUAAGCGUGGUAAGCGGGCAGAUGGAAAGAAACUGAACUGGAACGAUGAAUGGGUUCGCUCCGAAGAGGCCAAGCAAGUUCAGGAUGAGAUCAAACGUAUCAAUGAAGAACGCAGCAAGAUCGUACCUCCUGUCACUAGUGAUCAGCACGAGUUUGCAUCGCCCGUCGCUUUACAAACAGUGGAGCUUACGAAGCGUUUGUUCACUCAAUACUGGAGAGACCCGUCUUACCUCUACGGCAAACUCUUCACUUCGGUCAUUAUCGGAAUCUUCAACGGUUUUACUUUCUGGAAGUUGGGAUACAGCGUCGCCGAUAUGCAAGACCGCAUGUUCACAUCGUUUUUGAUUUUGCUUAUCCCGCCAACCAUUGUUAAUGCUGUCGUGCCGAAAUUCUACCAAAACCGAGCUCUGUGGGAAGCAAGAGAGCUUCCUUCUAGAAUUUAUGGAUGGGUUGCAUUCUGCACUGCUAAUGUCGUUGCGGAAAUUCCAAUCGCAAUUGUUGGAGCUACAAUUUAUUGGGCAUUCUGGUACUGGCCCACUGGCCUUCCCACCGACUCGUCGACUGCCGGUUACGUUUACUUGAUGACGGUGCUUUUUUUCUUCUUUCAAGCCAGUUGGGGUCAAUGGAUCUGCGCUUUUGCCCCAUCCUUCACCGUCAUCUCAAACGUCCUCCCAUUCUUCUUCGUCGUGUUCUCCCUCUUCAACGGAGUCAUUCGUCCCUACGCCCAGCUUUCCAUCGGAGGUGUCCUAGCCGCAACUCUCAACAACACCCCCGUCCAAUGCGUCCCCCAAGAAGCAGCCUACUUCAACCCACCUCCCGGAAUGACCUGCGGUACUUAUGCGCAACCGUUCGUAGAUGCGAUCAAACAAGGACGUCUCAUGAACCCAGGCGACACUAGCAACUGUGGAUACUGCCAAUAUGCUUCCGGCGUUGAAUAUCUACAGACCCUGAACAUUGAGCCAAGAGACAAAUGGAGGUACUUUGGUAUCUUCUUGGCUUUCUGUGUUUCGAACUGGGCGCUCGUCUAUUUCUUUAUCUAUACUGUCAGGAUCCGCGGGUGGAGUUUUGGGUUUGGGUAUUUCUUCAGUCUUGGAGGGAAGGGAAUUGGGGCUGUCAAGGGGUUGUUUAAGAGGAAGGGAAAGAAGGACGUGAAGGUCAAGGCUUAG